AUGUCCACCUGCUCUGUCGCCGCCGCUGCUCCAGCGCAUCAAUCAAUCUUUGGCCAACCUCACUGUCCAUUGCCCCAGCAGUCCGCGACGGCGCACUCUCGCACCUACAAAGUUGGCCCCAUCAACCCCAAAGCACAAGCCCAACCGCCGCCAAUACAGAUGCAGACGCAGAAGCAGCCGCAACCACAACCACAAAUGCAGCACCAAGCGAGAACGCAACCUGCCGAGCUCGCCCUCUCUACCCAAACAUCUCUUCCCGCCCUGCCCAAACCACCUCGCCGAAUCAUGGCCGGCCUGCUGAGCAUCGCCCCCGAGUUGCGUGACCUGAUCCUUGAGGAGGUCCUCCGACUGCCCGAGCGGGAGGCGCCCGCGGACCCGUCCGUCAGUCAGGACCGAAAGCGUCGCAAGUACCGCGACGACAUGCGUUGCUCUGAUGGCCACGAUAUAUGGGUAAAGGAGAAGAACUUCUUGGCCGCCGCCCAGGAGACGCCGGCCAUAAUGCUGGUUAACCGGCAGCUGCACGCCGAGGCAGCAGCGGUGAUUGCCCGGACAAAGACGCACUAUCGGCUCGACGUCAUGUACGUCAAGGAGUGUGGACUGUGGCCGACUUGGCUCUCUGUCCCGCGCUUGGCCCAUCACGCCGACAGCAUCUACGUUCAGUUUCGAAUCUUCGAUCCUCCCACAGAUGUCAACGAAGACUGGCGCAAUCCUCGACAGUUUCUUGGUGGCGACGGCGGACCCGCCAUGAUUGUUUGGAACUUUUUCGCCAUGAUGAAGGAUUAUCUUCUGCAUGGUCCCACGGCUUUCGAGAGUCUCGUUGCCACCAAGAACUCUUUUUCGGUGAAGACGCUUAUUCUCGAUAUUCUGCCGCCGCCGCCUGGGACCAAGGACGACAACCUUGGGUUUCCUUCUGGCUCGGCUCAGGGGUCCCGCCUCGAGCGCUUCGUCGCCUCGCGAAUGGCAAGUCAUCGUUGGCCGAUCCCACCAGAAGGAAUGGAGCACACAAUGCCCGCGGAGAAGCUCGCCAUCUUCAUUGCUGGCAGACUGAGCAGCCUGCUGUCUCGGCACGAGGAUUACGGCGCACCAGUCUUCCACCGGGUCGGAAGCAUCGAUAUUCGCGUCGGCGGUGAGACGAGGCGGCUUUUCGAUCUCGACGAACUGCUCGACAUGAUCCCGACACGACCCAUCAAGGGCAAAACGCCUGAGGAGACACUCAAACAGCAGAAAACCAUUGACGAUUGGAAAGCCACAAUGUCCAAAAAGAGGAAGACCUGGGGCUAG